AUGGACGGAGCGGUCAGGCCUGCGCUGGGCGCACGAACAUCAUCAGUUCACUCCGUCUCCCACAGUCUUUAUAGCAUAUGGUCAGAAGGCAAGAUGUCUCCACGCUGGCGGCACACCUUGGGCAUAACUCUGCUGCUGGUCACGGUUCUGUUAUGGACUGCCUCCAACUUCCUCGCAUCGACUAUUUUCGCCGACGACACGUACUCCAAGCCGUACUUCGUGACCUACGUCAACACUGCCUUCUUCGUCAUUCCUUUGGGUCCCAUAUUGUUUAGGCAAGCUCGCCGCGAUCCCGAGCAGUUCCGCCAGCUGGCCGAAGCAGUCAAGCGGCCGUUUUCGAAGCGCAACCGGAGCGCUUAUGGACCGGUGAAAGAGCAGGAGGAUGGCGCGGAAAGGGAAGCGUUCUUGGGGCAGCGGCAGGAUGAUGACUUCGGAUCGGCGGAUCUGGAGGCCACAGGCGCGUCGCAGACGUUGAGUGUGGAGCUGGGCGACCCACCACUGGCACACACGGAGGGGCUGACGUUCGUGGACACGGCGAAGCUGAGCUUCGAAUUCAGCCUCGUCUGGUUCUUGGCCAACUACUUCACCGCCGCUUGCCUCGAGUACACUACCGUCGCUAGCAGCACGAUCCUGACGUCAACCAGCAGUAUCUGGACGCUCCUGUGCGGCGCAUUUAUUGGGGUCGAGCACUUUACGAUCCGCAAGCUGCUCGGUGUGCUCGCCUCGCUGGCCGGUAUCGUACUGAUCAGCACGGUCGACAUCUCGGGCACGAACAACAGUGACGAGAACCGUGGCUCCUUUCCGUCCAAGACGCAGAGUGAAAUUGCACUGGGCGAUGCGCUGGCAUUUCUGUCGGCCGUCAUGUACGGCUUCUACGCAGUGCUGAUGAAGAAGCGUAUCGGCGACGAGUCACGCGUCAACAUGCCCCUCUUCUUCGGCCUCGUCGGCCUCUUCAACGUGGUGGUCCUAUGGCCAGGCUUCUUCCUGCUUGACGUUACCGGCAUCGAGCCUUUCGAACUGCCGCCCUCGUUCCGCGUCACUGCCAUCGUGCUCGUCAACAGCGCCACCUCACUUGUAUCGGACAUGUGCUGGGCUUACGCCAUGCUGCUAACCGGCAGCCCUCUCGUUGUGACGGUUGGCUUGAGCAUGACUAUCCCAUGCUCGCUGAUCGGCCAAAUCCUCAUCAACGGUCAGAUGAGCCACUGGGCCUACUGGAUUGGCGCUGUCGUCGUGCUGGCCAGUUUCAUCUUCGUGAACCAUGAAGAAGUUAAGGAAGAAGAGGAGGCUGUGGAGGCACCAGUGUCAACAAUCUUCUGA